GGUUUCUCCAAACUGUUGUGUGAUCUUGGUCAGUCAGACCCACGGUGUGCCAACCUUUCCAUGAGCUAUCUUGAAGAUGCUUUCAGUAAGCUGUGCAACUGUAUUGUUGUUGUACUAAUUAAAAUAGUCAUUGCCAUUUGGAAACCUGAACUGGUCUUUCAUGCUUAAAAAAAAUAACAAAAGAAAAAACGCCACAGAUUCAAUAACCACAUCAAACUGUCUAUAGAAUGCUCCUGUAAACAUUUUCUAAAAACUGUGAUCAUCACCGGAAAUAGCAACUUGCAAGAUUCAGUUAAUAUUGUCAAUAUUAACUGAAAACUCAACCUACAAAAACUAGCAGCUUUCCACAAGGCGCUGGGGCUGCAGUAUACAAUGGUGCUGUCAGAUACACACUGUAUUUUUUUUUUUCUGAGCACAGUAUUACAAUUGUUCUUAGUAACUUAAGGAAGAUUAAUCUAAAUGUUCUUCUUGCAUAUAACAGGUGCAGUCCAGAUAUCCUGUGUGAAUUUACUUUAACGCAGAAAGGAAAUCACACCACUAAUACCUAACCUAGAACUAUACAGAAUGUGCUUACAGUGUACUCUGGAGGAAGAUUCUGUCUUGAAAUAAAUAUUUGCAGAACUGAUCCUCUGCAGGGUUGAUACCAGUCCAAAACAAAUUCCUUGUUGGCCAGCAUUCAUCAAAUGGAAAUGGACUUUACCUAACCAGCAAAUAGAAAAUUUAUCAGUGCAUCAUUCUACCAUAAAAUAACAACUGAAGAGCCCAAUCCCCAUGUAUGUGCAUCAUAGAGUACAGUAGACUUUAUUCAUCAUUCCAAAUGCCCUUGUGGAAAUUCAGCGCUAAGCUAAAAAACUCACUGUGUAUUAGAAUAAAACUGAACAAAUAACUGGUAAAGGACAGACGUUCUUGGUUACUGGUAGAAGGGUACUUCUCACAGAUCCAGAGCUUGCUUUCUGACCUGCCAGCCCUGGUCUUCAAAUGAAACCAGUGAAAUACUUAAAAGGUUCUGGGAGGUAACAUUCAUAACCUUACUGAACAAUAAAAAGGAGGUACUGUUGCUGUGUGACCGUGUACUGCCAAACAUCGCCAUUACCUCAUUUUUCUGUCCACCAUCCCUGAUUGGCUUGAAUGAUCUUAUUUCAUCUGAGGUCAAGUCUUUAUGUAUUUGUGUUUAAAAUAGCCCUUCCCCCAACAGGCUUGCAAGCAGCUUUUUGGCUUUGUAAUUUUUUACAUACUGCACAGGGUGAGAAGGAUGCUCUGGUAAGGACCAGCAAAACUGGAAACAUUCGCUCUCUUGGUGUUCUUGCAUGGAGCAAAUUGGUUUAUGACUCUUUGGGGUCACUUAGUCCUUUUUCUGAAGAGAGGUUUCUGAUAGCUCUGCCUAGUUAUUGCUCGUAAAUGUCCUGGUUUAUCAGUUAGUGGCCAAUUCCUUGUCCCCGAAUGAAUCUACAAUGAAUUGAAGUUGCAGAUCUGCUGUCAAGAAGCAAGCCCACAUUAGCCCUGACAGAAAGCACGUUGAUGUCAAUAGUGAUAAAGGCAUUGCUUUGUCUGUGCAGCAAUCUGGAUAUCUGUUCAAGAAGACAAGCAAAAUGUUUGCCUAAAAUUUCCAAGAGGACUGCUCAGCUGCUGCUGGAGCUAGCUGCCUUGUCUUUGCUUCUGUUGCCACUUUGAUGUAGCCCUGGCUUUAUAAAAGUUCCAUUGAUCUACCUCUCAUUUUCUCUAUUUUCAUCUCGUAGCCUACAAAACAGAUUUACUCAAAAAAAUAAAGCUUCCGAAAUACGCUCUUUUGUUUGACGUAAUUUUCUGGGUAACAGAGUAAGCUACGUGAAACUGAUACUAUAAAGUUUACUCUGUCCUUUUUCCGUCAGUAACAACCUUCAGCGUCACUGAAGUGUCUUCAUAUCUGGUUGCUGAACACCUCAUACUCCUCCCUUUAGCCAGUUAUCACAGUGACAGCUCUUCUUUGAAUGGGGAGAUAGAAUGAGUGUUUGCUGAUUCCUGUUUCUUCAAUUAGUCAACAGUUUAAAACAAACCAACAAAAAAAGAGCAACAGCUUGACAUCUGUGCUAUCUUCUACUUGUUCUGCUGGAAUAAACAAAGUGAGAGUUUCAAUUAGGGAACACUAUUUUGCAUGUGAUUUGUGAUUAAAUUAACAUAGGCAGGUAUAUUGCUUAAGGGGAAAACUAAAAGUGACAUUUGGAUUAUAUAAGCUUUCAACUUCAGGACUGCAUUGUUCCGAUAUAUUAUUGAAACUUUGUGUAAUGCUUAAGUAGUUUUGUAGUCUUCUGUUUGCUUUAUAUGCUAGUAUUUGCUUUUAGUUCAGUUAAGGCUGUUGGAAGUAAUUACAGUGAAACCUGUGCUAGUUUGAACGAAGAAGAGCUGAAGGUAAAUCCAAGCCAGGAAGGCUGUACCACUAUGCAGAGACAUAUGGGAUUUUUAGAUGUACAGUCCUCUUCCUUCAAUGAAUAUUUGUAUAUGCCGUUGUCCAGUUCCAUCUGUAACUGAGAAGUCGUCUGGACUGGUGGAGGCUGAGCUGCCUUGCAGCACUGUGCUCAUAAGCAAUGCUUUUGACCCUCUCCAGCUGCCUUAUAAAUUAGCUCUUCCUGACAGGAGAUGACCUGGCUGUUGUUGGAUUUUUCCUGCUGCUUCACAGCUUGAAUGCACCAAUGCAGACGACCUGUUAAUAAGGCCACUCAUUCUUAGGAAGUUUUGGCUAAUAAAUAACAUGUUCCUGAGAUGUGCCUAUGGCAUGGAUCACCUAAGUUUGCAGCAGGAAGUCUUUGCCUUUCUGCUCUUGGCUUCUUAUAGUUUCCAUAGCCUCAAGUUAAAGAUCUGAGUCCUUUAUCUUCAACAUGCUUGCUGGCCUGAGCAUAACCCAAUGGAAAGAUCACAAACAAAUCUUGAAUAAGAACUGCAGGCAGCAGGUUGGACACAAUGGCAAGGAUAAAGCUUGUUUGGGCAGUGUGUGGAGCUCUCCCAGGACUGCUCUGGGGCACUGCAGCGAAGGUGCAGAGAAGUGUUUGCUUCAGGUGGUGGCAGCUGCUGUUGGCUUUCUGACAGUUUCCAGUGUCAUUACCAUGUCAGCCCCUUUCUUUCUGGGUAAAGUUAUUGACAUUAUUUAUACAAAUCCCAGUGAAGACUUCACUGACAGCCUGACCAGCCUGUGUGCCUUGCUGAGUGGAAUUUUCUUAUGUGGUGCUGCUGCUAACGCUACUCGUGUCUACCUCAUGCAGACCGCAGGACAAAGAAUUGUGAAACGUUUGAGAACAACCAUGUUUUCCUCUAUUCUGAAGCAAGAAACAGCUUUCUUUGACAAGACCAGAACCGGAGAGCUGAUAAACCGCUUAUCUUCAGAUACAGCCCUCUUGGGCCGUUCAGUGACUGAAAACCUUUCAGAUGGGCUCAGGGCAGGAGCACAGGCAUCUGUGGGGAUUGGAAUGAUGUUUUUUGUGUCACCUAGCCUUGCUGCAUUUGUUCUGAGCGUUGUGCCACCCUUGGCUGUCCUGGCUGUGAUUUACGGAAGAUACUUGCGAAAACUUACUAAAAUGACCCAAGAUUCUCUUGCAGAAGCAACACAGUUAGCUGAAGAGCGUAUUGGAAACAUAAGAACAGUUCGAGCUUUUGGGCAAGAAGUGGCUGAAAUGGAGAAGUAUACAAAUAAAGUCGAUUAUGUGCUACAGCUGGCUAAAAAAGAGGCACUAGCUCGGGCAGGCUUCUUUGGAGCAACUGGCCUUUCUGGAAACUUAAUUGUCCUCUCAGUCUUAUACAAAGGAGGAUUACUAAUGGGCAGUGCCUACAUGACAGUUGGUGAACUCUCAUCUUUCCUAAUGUAUGCUUUCUGGGUUGGAAUAAGCAUUGGAGGUCUAAGUUCCUUUUAUUCCGAAUUAAUGAAAGGACUAGGUGCUGGUGGACGUCUAUGGGAACUUAUCGAAAGGAAGCCCCAACUUCCAUUUAACGAGGGAAUCACAUUAGGCAAAGACAUAUUCAGAGGUGCUUUGGAAUUCAAGAAUGUUGAAUUUGCAUAUCCAACACGUCCAGAAACAUCCAUUUUCAAAGACUUUAGCCUUUCCAUUCCAGCUGGCUCUGUUAUGGCUCUGGUUGGCCCAAGUGGUACAGGGAAAUCGACUAUUGUAUCCCUUCUGCUGAGGCUGUAUGAUCCUAUCUCAGGUGCUAUCACUGUUGAUGGCUUUGAUAUCCGUCAGUUAAAUCCACUGUGGUUCAGGACAAAGAUUGGAACAGUGAGUCAGGAACCAAUUCUGUUCUCCUGUUCUAUUGCUGAAAAUAUUGCCUAUGGUGCAGAGGAUCCUUCUACUGUGACUGCAGAGGAGAUUCAGAAAGUUGCUGAAAUAGCUAAUGCUGCUAGUUUUAUCAGAGAUUUUCCGAAAGGGUUUGAUACUAUAGUUGGAGAAAAAGGCAUUUUGCUUUCAGGUGGACAGAAGCAGCGAAUUGCGAUUGCUCGAGCUCUGCUCAAGAAUCCUAAAAUUCUCCUGUUAGAUGAAGCAACAAGUGCUUUGGAUGCUGAAAACGAAUAUCUAGUGCAAGAAGCUCUGGACCGGCUGAUGGAAGGGAGGACAGUCCUAAUUAUUGCUCAUCGUCUGUCUACUAUUCAGAAUGCUGAUUUUGUUGCAGUCCUUGGCCAGGGUAGAAUUCUUGAAUGUGGAAAACAUGAGGAACUACUUGCAAAUCCAGACGGACUUUUCAGGAAACUAAUGCAGAAACAAGCUUUUCUUCAGAAUAGUGAUACUUUUGCAUUAGAUUUACAAUCCAGAGAAAGGGUGCAUUAAAAGAAAAUGUGUGAGAGAACAUAUGAAUAAUGGAAGCUUACGAACUACAAAGAAUAUAACUUAUGUUUCAGUGAUGUAAAGUAAAUGUUAUAUUUUUCCAAAAUGUACAAAAUAUUCUUUUGAAACUUAAAUGUGUUUAAACUUUUUAUUGAAAGCUUUUUAAUAAUUAUUGCAACUUUUUAAAAUGACUAUCACAUUGAGAUAAUGUCAGUGUAUAGAUUUUUCUGCUUUGUGUUCUGUUAAUUGAGACCAUUUAGAAUCUUGUUUGCUGUAAUGUACUGUAUGAUGAUGUGCUGCAUUCUCACGUAAGUUUGGUAUUUUAAGGGUAAUUAAAUUACAAUCUUAUCAUUUUCAUAUCAUUGUCUUUUCCCUUUUCAAAGAUCUUUUGCUUUCUGUGCUCUUCAGUAGUCUUAAAACGCUGGAAUUCAAAAAUGCACGACACUAACAUACUCUGAAAGUUCUGUCUGACUCCCACUGACCUCCUUUCAGUUACCAUUUCUUCUGAAUCGUGAAAGCUGAUUAUGGUCACCACCUACAGUUACUACAGAGAAUUGCAUACGAGAUCACGUUUUAGAGAGCAUGGAAGCAGGAGUUGGAGGGAAUUCCUUUGCAAAACAAAUAAAAUGCCAACAGAAAAGCAACCCAACAAAAAACCUGACUUCACAUAAAGACAAAGGAAGGGUAUUAGUAUAUUAAGUCAGCAUAGGCCAAUCUAAAGUUUAUAUGCAUUUUCUUCCCUGUUUUCCCAGAUUCACUUUCUUUCUAAGAUGACAUCCAAAAGAACACACUCUCAUAAGUUUGGAGGUUUUUUGGUUUUUGUUUUUUGUUGUUGUUGUUGUUUCUUUUAGUCCUUUUGAAAGGGAUAUGUAAGUAUUUUUUAUAGUUACUUAAAAUUUCAUUCAUAGAAAUCCCUGGUUUUUCCUACCUACCUUAUUAGGGACAACUAGUAAAGUAUCUUCUCAAGGACAACUAGUAAAAUACUAGGAUUACAUUUAAUUUGAAUAACUGCAGGACGGUCCAUUUGGCAGUAAAGAGUAGGCUUCAUGUUUCUGAUUUAAGAAUCUCUCCCAACAGAACCUCUCUGGACUUUCUGAAGAUGCAAAACCCUACAAGAUAAUUUAGAAAAGCUAGAAACUCCCCGGUCACAUUAAAACUCAUCCAUGCUAGGAAAACAUGUUGCUGAAGAUCUUUAUUGGCAGUAGGUGAGAUACCUAGGGCUGGGCAAGCUUAAAAUGUUUAUCAUCUAAUGUGCCAUUACUAACACGUGUGGAACAUAGUGAAAACAGUGAAGACACCCCUGUGUAAUUUUAUCUUCUGACAUAGUUUUACUAGAAGCAGAUACUGUAUUAAAGCUACGCCAAAAAUACCACUGACCCAAUGUUUAAUUUCAGUGUUGACUACCAAAACCAUUCUCUUCAUAAUGUAUUUAGAGGGGCUUGAACUUUAAUCUUUGCUCAUGUAAUCUCUCCUUAUGUGAGAUGCAGAGCGCCCCUUUAUUCAUGUGUUUACACAGGCUACAGGAAAUACUUGCAGCCGAACUGAAUGAACGUUUUGUCUUUGGUUCGUGAGUUGUUCUGGCAGGUGUUGAGGUCUACAGAAAAGCGUGAAAAGCUGUAGAAAAGCUCUAGUCCACAGGAAGGUCAAUCAUUGGCAUAACAGGUACACUGCAUAACACACUUUAUUCAGGUAAGAACCACUCAAAAUACCCCUGGCACAAACCACAGACCUCAACGAGGUGAGAAAACAAAGUUUCUUAGUAAUCUGCAGGUAGAAAGCUUGGCUGGACAACUUUGGAUUUGUGGUUUACACACCUACAAUGUAUGUGGUGGGUGCACGUGGGAUGCUGUGUAUUCCACAGCAGCGCUAGUCAAUGCUGGACGUGGUUGGAUUCUGAGCUGUAGAAGCCCUAGUAGUGGAAUGAGGAAAAAGGUGUGAGAAAGAAGAAUUUAAGUAUUGCAUUCUUUUUGUUACAAGAGUAUGUUUACAUGCGCACACGUGUAGCAAAUAUGUAAUAUAAACACUUCUCAGUUUCUGUCACUAGUUGCCAUAUUUUAGCUGAUACCUAUAGGCAUCAUUCUGAAGUCUUUUAUUAACACUGCCUUUUUCACCCUUGCCUCAGAGGCCAGAACUAUUUUUUUCUUUAACUUUUGCUACCCAGUCAUGACUUUUGAGGCUUAAAUACUCUAUCCAAUUGCUUUCAAAACUACCUUGCUAAACUGAAUGUAUUAGUUAGGGUUGAGUAUUUGGAGACCUAAUGAAAGGUCAGCUCUCGGUGUACCCUUAAUCCCUUUGCUGUGUUCCAAGUUAAUUUUCUGGUUCUUGGCAGCAUGACUGUUUUCCUCAGAGAAAUAAGACAUUGAAAAUAAAGAGUCUUGAGUAACUUUA